ACUCGACAAGGGUUUGCAUUAAAAAGUAGUUUCCAUUUAGUUUAAAAUGCCUUUGCUUGAUAUAACUAACCCGGCCGUGAUAAGAUAUCUUAUUGAAAGCUACGAGAAAGAAACUUUAUAUCGUGUCAAUUGGGUGGAAAAGCAUUGGAAGCGAAUAGAGAAAGCUGCAACUCUACAGAGGGAACCGACAAAUUACUACGAGACCGAUGUGCUCGCGCACAACAUAGCCUCGGGGAUGGCCAUGACCACCAGAGACUUUAUCGCAUCUGGUUAUAACAGAAUGAAAUGCCGUGAUCCGAAUACAAACGUCCAGAGACUUAAAGAUUUACGCCACGGCCAUUUCAUUGUAGACGUUGGUCUGGGAGAUCCGAAACAGGAUCCGAGACUCGUAAAGUCAGACGAUGAACUCAAAUCAGAUCCAAUUAUGCGUCCCGUCGAUCCUGAAGUGAAUAAAAUCAUAUAUAAACCUACACCUGAAUAUGGAAGGAAACUGUAUCUUCACACACGUGCCAAGUUAUGGCCGGAAAAGAAAUACUAUUUUCCAGAAUGUUCUAACUGGGAUUACGGAUGGCGAACGAGAGAUAGCUCUAUGCACCAGCCGUCGUUUUAUGGGAAAGUCGAGCAUCUAAAUCGAACGCAGCGAUCACGAGUGGGGCCCCAACCGGAUCCUCCGCACUACAAGUCGCCUGAUCCGCCAGGUCACACUAAGUUUGAUAGUGUAUAAGUAAGAGCUUUGUUUUAGGAAACGGAUCCUAUUUUAUUGGCCGAUUUAGGUUAAAGAUCUAUACUUAAGUCAUU